AUGAAUGAUGACUUCCUGACCGACUAUCGCAAGGCUGCCGAAGUACACCGGCAAGUCCGUCAGUACGUGCAGACAAUCGCAAAACCUGGUGUCACGAUGAGCAAGCUCGCCGACGAGAUUGAAGAAGGCGUCCGAGCACUGACUGGCCAUCAAGGUCUUGAAACCGGAGAUGCUCUCAAAGCUGGUAUGGGAUUUCCAACUGGAUUGUGCCUGAACAAUGUUGGUGCACACUGGACUCCUAAUCCCGGAGGCAAGGAAGUCGUGCUUCAGUAUGACGAUGUGCUAAAAGUGGACUUUGGAGUUCAUGUCAAUGGUAGGAUCGUGGAUAGCGCAUUCACUGUGGCUGCCAAUCCUGUCUAUGACAACUUGCUUGCCGCUGUCAAAGCGGCCACCAAUACCGGACUCAAGGAAGCCGGCAUCGAUGCCAGAAUUGAUCAGAUCAGCGGAGAUAUUCAAGAGGUAAUGGAGAGUUACGAAGUCGAACUCGGUGGUAAGACUAUUCCUGUCAAGGCAGUCCAGAACAUCACUGGCCACAACAUCCUUCGCUACAAAAUCCAUGGUGAGAAGCAGGUCCCCUUUGUCAAGACCGAGACCGACCAACGCAUGGAGGAAAGUGAUGUUUUCGCCAUCGAGACCUUUGGCACUACCGGCAAUGGUUGGCUUACAGACGACGUCGGUAUUUACGGCUAUGGUCGCAACAAGCACGUUCGUCCCACGGGUCUACAAUACGCAUCUGCAAAGUCGCUACUCAAGACCAUCGAUGACAAUUUUGGAACUCUGGUCUUUUCUAGACGUUACCUUGAGCGUCUGGGUGUAAAGAACUACCAUCUUGGUCUGAAAUCGCUUAUUACUAGUGGCAUCGUCGAGGAUUACGCGCCUUUGGUCGAUGUACCAGGUUCUUAUGUGGCUCAAUACGAGCACACUGUCCUGCUCCGACCCAAUUGCAAGGAGGUAAUCUCUCGUGGAGAUGAUUACUAG